AUGUUGUUUAGUGGCGCUCCUUCCCCGACGCCGGAAAUAUCCCCCCAGAACACCGGUCCGGUUAUCAAUCAUCCGGCCCGGUUUCAGGUCAAAAAACUUCUUUUGAUCUUUUUCCCUUGUUUAGUCAGCUGUUUUGGCAUGGAUUUUUAUUUUGAAACGGUUUUUUUUUGAAAAGGUUCGAUGUGAUAAUAGUUAUUAUUCAUUCAGCUCGGAAAGAAAUACCGUAAUUUCCAAACUUUUUUUGGCUUGAUAUUCUAAAAAGUUGCAAUAGAUAGCUGUGGAAUUAUGAGGUUUAUCGUAGGAAGCUGCUUUUUUGGAGGCUGAGUAAAGUUAUUCCUUCCGAACUUGUCCAAGUAAAAUUCGACUUGAAGAAUGGUAAUGCCGAUAAUUAGCAAUUUUCCAUGUUUCCCUUGUUUUUUGAGAGUAUUGAACGAUUUUCAUUAUUAUGUUCAGCUUUCAAGAAAGUCCUGAAGAUAAAGAAAGCUUUAGCACGCCGUAGCGCAACAGGUUGUGUGUCUGGUUAAGGUCCAUGUUCGAUCCCCACUUCGACCCAACCAAGGUGUUCAAGAAAUGUUGGUAGGAGGAAUCCACGGCUUCACAAUCAUCUUCACACAUGAAGGCGGAUAUGUCACUAGCCAGUUGACUGAUUAUCACUGAUAUCAGGAUAGAACCUGGGCUAAUCGUCCUAGAGAUUCAAUUCAGUUCAAUUCAAUUAUAGUCGAUGUGCCACGUAUUGAAAUUUCAUGGAACGAUACUCCGUUGUUCUUGUGGUUCUAGUGCGAAGCGUCUUGCCUCUGCGAAUUGCGGUCGCGCUUUUCAUUUUUUCUUUUAUUUUAUAUUUUCACUUUUUCGACAAUGUUUUAUUUUUUUUUUUCGUGCCAAAAACGAAACUAUCAUUGCUUUUGCAUGAAUUUAACACCUGAAAGUCAAGUAAUUUUUUAAUUUUCAACAAAAAAUGUAUGGUAAAAUUUCUUUUUUGAUUACUCAUAUUUUUUCGUUCUUUGACAUAUAUUCCUUUGAAGACUUUUCGAACACAUUCAGAAUAAACAAUUAAAAUCAUGAGUUUGGAACGAAGAAAACUAUUAAAACAUAACAAAAAUAGUGAAAUUUUCAAAUAAAAGAAAAAAUGGAAAGCGCGACCGAUAUUCGCAAAGGCAAGGCGGUUUUUUCACGGCCACAAGGCCACCCAGCGGAGUGUCGUUCCAUGAAUUUUCAAGUCGUGGCACAUCGACUAUACCAGCGAAUAAACUGCUUCACUAUGUUGGAACAGUACAGCGUCCAGCUUGUCCAGGACCGACAAGCGCCGGAAUAUUAUCCCACGAGAGAGCGGCAAUGAGACCGACUAGUCGACCUGAUAAAAUGAGAUAAUAAUUCCAGAGAGAUAAUGCUUAACCUAAAUCGGCAGUACCCAGCAAUUUUUCAGACUCUAAAAAUCAUUCUCAACUGCUUUUUCCCACUGUAUCCCCACCCCCACCUAUGUUCUCAAAUAAACCUUCUUUCAAUAUUUCCACAUUCCAUCUCUAAUCAACACGUGACUGAACCGGAAAUCCAAGCCGACAGAUUACCAUGAAACUCGAGUAGAUCCCUCGACGGUGUUGACCUUUCAGUCGAGGUUACGACCGGCGAAUCUUCGCCUCACACUGUUUGCGUUGAUUUGCGUUCGUUACGCAAUCCUACGACGAGGUUACGGUAGCCGAACAGUUGCACUGAUAACCGCGUGACUCGGCUGUGCGACGCGGCUGGCUUUUGAGAGAAGCUUGGGAAGAUUUUUGAAGGCGCUGGGAGGAGCUAGGGAAUGACCUCCUUGGAUAGUCUUAAAGCCAUUUUAUUGAUUGAUAACUGCGUGACUCGGCUGAUUUUUGAAAAAGAAGAUUUUCAGACGUUCUGGAUGGAGCUUGGGCCUUUCGAAAUGGAUCUUUUUUGAACUUCAUCGGAAUCGUUGGAUUCUAUAAAGUCUGUCUAUUUCGAAUUUUUUUGAAAAUGAACAGAAUCAACUCCUGAGGAUUAAAUUUCAACAAGAAAUUAAUGUAAACCAAUUUUUCGGACUUGAAAAAAAGUCGCAAAAGAUCAUUCCAAGGUACUCGAUAUAUUGGAAGCGUUCAGGAACGUGUUUUGAAGUCAAGGAAGAGAUGAAACCUAUUGGAAUAAUAAGAAAGGCUCCACAGAGUAUCCCAAGAGGUCAAUCCGUCGAUGAACCCAUUCACAAGUCAAGAACUGGAACCAGUCGGCUGUCGUCGGCGAACGGCUCUUCUCAGUGACAAAGCGUUACCGAAACAAUGGGAGCUGCAACACGAUCCAACAGAGUGUCAUCAAGACGGACACAUUGAAACGCUAUAGGUGCAUUGUGCCGAGUGAUACCGUAACCGUCGGGCCGAGGGAGGAGCCGUCGUGGCGAGAGCAAACUGCUUGCGCGCGGGGGGGAAGCGCUGGCGAGGCUCACUGUCAAUUGCUCUCGAGUCUCGAGGACCUUGACUCUGGUAGGAUGUUCAACGUGUCGACGCUGACGACGUCGAGCCUCCGGCUGAAGUCGUCGCCGUCGUCCCUGGCGACGGGGAUCGCGGCCUCGGACCAGGCGUCGACCUCGACGUCGCCUUGCUUGGACGUCGCCGGCGCGACCGCGACGACCGCCGCCGCCGCCGCUGGAGUGCUGCCACUUCAUCAGCAACACAACAAGUAAGUGGGCUCUCCACGGAUGCCUCUUCAUCGAGAUGUGCAACGAUAUCCAUGAGAGGCUCAUCAAGUAUCCUCUAGACACGUCCGCCCUCCAGUUUCUGAAUCUGCCGCCUUCUAGUCGAGCCUUCUGCCUUUUCGGCCUUGAUGUUGUUGCUUUUUUUACCGUUUUUAUGGAGUUGUGUAACAGAUAAGGAUGAUAAAAAUAUCUUCUCUAGUUUGUCCAUUCAAUUAAUUCACACAUUAAUUCUUACUUAAUCGAAGGUUCUCUGCUUAUUCAUGGAAUAGUUCGAGCUGUUAAAGCUGUCGUUGAUCAAGGAGGGCGUUGUGCACUUUUUUAUUAUUGAAACUUCAUCUUCUGAAUCUUCCUUAUUCUAGUCGAGCCUAAAGCCUUUUCAUCUUGUCUCUUUGAUAUCCUUUCAUCGGAAGAUUAUCUUUUCUAGUUUGUUCGGUCAGAAUUACUCUACUUCUUUUAAGAGUUAUAAGUUCUCUUCGCUAGAGGCUUUUUCUGAACCCUCCUCUGAAUUGUCCGCCUUCCAGUUAACCUUUUUUUAUUUUUGACUACUUCUUGUUAUGAUUUUUCUUUCUCAUCAUAGAAUUAUCAUCUCUGGUAUAUUUUGUCCGUUAAAAUUAGAAAGUAAAAAAAAGUUUGAUUAACCGUUUUCUUAUUUUAUUUUAUCAGCAAAUUUUUUUUAGUCGAAUCUACCGCUUUCUGGUCCAGCACGAGCCUUUCCGGUUCUUUUUUUCUUGUUAUUAGUUUGAAUUAUAAAAUGGGAACUUCUUGAUUCGAGAAAAAUUAUUCCAAUCCAGGGAAAAAAAGGAUUAAUCAGUUAUAUAUUUUUAACCACUAGAUUUUUUUAGUAUUCGAUCGAUUUUUUUCUUGGAAAAACGUUUUGCUACUUUUUGUUGACCGAGUUCAGAAAAGAAUAAAACCCAUUUUUUUCAAAUUCUUACCCCUUCCGUUUUCACUUUUUAUAUAUCUUUCAGUGUUAAGAAAGCUAAGGGAAUACUAAGGUUUUUCGCUUUUUUUUUUAAAUAUUGAUUCGGAGCGAUUCUUUAAUUCUUAUAAUGUUUUGAAAAUACUGUUUUAAGGUUCUUUUUGUUACCAUCUUUUCAGUCGUCUCAAUAUAAAAUUUUUUUUUUGGGUUGUGGGAAUUUCACAUGUUCAUCUUUUUCAUAAAACGCAAUAGGUCGAUGCCCUGUGUUUGAAAAUAUUAUCAUUGAAUGAAAUUUUUGACAGGCUCUUUUUUUGAUAUUUUAUCGUGGUUUACUCUUUCUGGAAAUCUUCAAAAUAAUAAAUUUCCACUAAUUUUUUUAUUGAAUUUCCUUAUGAAAAAUAUCAUUUUCUUCUGAUUUCUUUUUUUUUCGUAAUUUUUUUGAGCACUCAAGUCAAUUCGAUCCUGGUUUUUAAUCAUUAUUAAAGGACCAAAAAAAUGGGUUUUUGAAAUAAUAAAAAGGAAAUAACGUGUAAUUUGAAGUGACUCAAAAAGUUGCUAUGUGUUUUUUUAUAUUCGAAGCCAUACGGGAAUGUGUUAUAAAAAUUUCAACUUUUUCAUUUCCAAAAAAACAGUCGUAAUAUUUUUCCUGUUUCAAUAGUUAUAUAUUAAUUCUAUUACAGAUUUUCGCAUUUGAUAUCAAUUCUCUUGAUGAACCUAAUAAAUCAUCAUUAUUAUUAUUAAUCUUCCCUGUUUUAAAAUCUUCUAGGAUGGAAUAAUAAAUGUUUUUCAUCAUGUUUUUCAUGCCAUGUUCAAACUAUUUCUGCGAAAUUCAAAAAAGCCGUCAGAGAAAGAAAAAGUUAAGUAGAUUUUGGGGAGUAGAGCAUUUCGCUGAAAUCACUUUGAACACGGCGUUAGAAAAAUAAUUCUUUAAUUUUUUUUUUUGAAAGAUGAAAUCUCAAUUAGAAAUUAAUUUGACUUCCAAACAACAUGAAAAAAAUUAAUUUUUCUAAAAGAAUUUUUGAAGUUUUCCGAAAGGCUGUUAUAAAUUCAAUGCAUCGUGAGUUAUUAGGAUUUGAAAGAUAAUAAUAAUUUUAUAUAAUCGAUGGAUUUCGUCUUCCACAAAAAUUGGUUUUAUAAGUCGUAUAAUUUGAUAUUUUCAGAGUUGAGCCGAAAUGGGAAAUCCCAGAAGUCACGCCAAACGGCUUACACACGGCUUCUUCUUGGACCGAACAUCUUCCUUUAUUAGCAGGUAUUUUUUUAAAUAUUCAAUUUCUCAUCGGGGCAAAGUUGCUUCAAAUAAUUCACUAUUUUUUUUUCAAAUAGUUAACGUAACAAGAAUCGUUUUUUUGCCCCCGGUUGACUUUUAUGUAAUUACAUAGGCAAAGUCGGAAGGACCCUUAAGGGGCCCUUUGAGGAUCAAAAGGUUCCCAUUAGUUGUUCCUAACAAGGCAACGGUUUCUUUUUACGGCCUUUUUCCGUCUUUUCAUCGGCCUUUAUCCGCCCUUUUUGAAAAACCAACAUUUUUUUCUUUACCAGUGACUGUGUAUGAACCAAAAUGUGUUACAGUAAAAAAAAAUCGGAAAUUUUCAAUGGCCGAGACUUUCAGCACCUUUUUUGGGCCCUUUUUGCAUCCUUUUUGCAGCCACUCCCUUUUUCCAUCCGUUUUCCGCACUUCCGACUUUGGCAGUGUAGGCUGAAUUUCACUUAAGAGCCUCCUAAUUCCAGAAAAUAAAAAUAUCUAUAACUUCUUCUUGUUUUCGUGUUAUGAAGCUUCAAAUCUCUGAAUUAAUUUUUUCAUUAUUUGAAUUCUAAAAAAAUGCGGUCUCAACGUAUUUUUAUUAUUUCUUGAGUUUAUUUGAUUAAACUUUUUUUCAAUCAUUUACAUUCUAAAUUUAACUGCCCUUGCUUGCAGGUCAAAAACUUGAGAUCCUCAAUUUUAUUUUUUUCCAAAGACGUUAAGUUUUUCUUCUCAUUGAUUAGUGUUUCAACUCGAAAUUGAAUUUGUUUUUUUGUUUUUUUAGAUAUUUUUUUAUCGGUAUGAUUGUUAAUUUUUCAAAAAGAUCUGGAUUUCUAAAAAAAUUAUUUUUUUAUUCUUCAUUCGAAUGAAAAAAAUCUAAAAAGUUGCUCUUGUUGAUAAAAAAAUUUUGCAUUUUUGAAAAUUUUGAUUUUUUUUUUCAAGGCAGGCUUCCCACGCAGCCGUUGAACUGAUCCAAAUUUUGAAAAAAACUGUUUUUUACAUUCUUCUCAUUAAUCGUUCUAUUGAUGUUCUUUAAUGUCUCUCUAACGGAAAUUCCCCCUAUUUUGAGUAGAACAGAAGGUUACAAUGAUUCCAAUAGUGUUACGUCACGAUUAAUCAAUAAUCCGAGUGAGUUAAUCCGCGCGGAAGUUGUAACCGGACACCCUUCGGCCCAAACUUGGGUACACUUACCUUGGCUCCCCCUACAGUACCAUCCCUCGGGCCCCGCAAGACUAUCUAGCGGCUGUUUGCUCUGAGAGGAGCAAAAAGGCAGAUAUGAAGAGCGACUGACAAAUAAAUACGAUUUGUGUUGUAGCGCCCCCCUACGCGCCGCCGAGGAAAUCUUUAGCCGAGGCUUUCGUCGGCUUUAGUCGACCUGAUAACCGGGGAUUGGAAGAAGGAGGGUCGUUUUAGUGGGUAGAUUGGGGUUACCUGAAAAAUUUGUUCACAGGGGGUCAUUUAGGUUGGAGUGCGGGAAAUUCCUGAAAAUUGGCCAAGAGACACCUUGAUGUAAAAUAAAUAGAUUCUAACUUAGACGAAUCGAGAGGGGACAUAAUUUGUCCAAAAAGGUACCUCUCAAAAUGGAUCCUGGAGACCCCAAAAUGUUUACAUCGUGAGACCUCCGGUAUACCUUUUAGCUAUAUCUAAGCCAUCUCGGAGGUACUUCGGAGUCUCUUUCAAGUCUAUCUCAUUUUAAUCAAAGUCCUCAGAGACACAUAGCCCGUUCACGGCUGGCUUGGGAUAGGGCGGUUUAUUUUUCGCGGCGAAGGUAGAUCAUGGCGAAUAUCCAUGUGCCUUCAAUAAAACCCCCAUUUUAUGACUUUUUUUUUCUCUUAUAAUCCGUCGAUUUUGAGAAAAUCUUCAAAGCAGUUAGAUGAAUGUAUACAAAAAAUAAGUUCAAUAAAAACAGAAAUAAUUCAUCAAAUGAGGCUCUUAUUAAAGGCGCAUGUAUGGCCGCUGUGAUCUACCAUCGCCGCGCAAGUUGAACCGCCCGUUCGCUGUCCCAAUUUCAGACCCUGCGAUCUACCUCAGAGGGUCUCGAGAUGAUCUUUCUCGAUUCGCCUAUGUUUAAGUCUCAACCUGUGAAACUUCCUAGCUUUCGAGAAAUAAGGUUUCAAAGCUCAAAAAAACUGUAUUUUCACGGAUUUCGAGCUUUUUUCAACUUUGAAAGGUUCUUUCUCCAAAAAUAGAAAGUUGUGCGUUUUGAUCUUCAUCUAGUACACCAAAAAGUGUUCUGGCCAAUUUUUCGGAAACUCACAAGCACAAGGUAAAAUGAACAAAUAAAAGAAACGAAUUGGCGGCUGACUUUUACGCACAAAUGCGCGCUUUUGUACAAAAAGUUCCUUUUUUCCUUAUUUUUCCACUAAAAAAAAGCUGCCAUAAACAUGCAUUAUGAAAAAUUUUAAGAUUAGAUAUUGAUUUUUAUCACCUAAAAGAAUCUAUUCAAAAAAAAAUUUUUUGUAAUUUUUUCAAUACUUGCGAUACUUUGACUUCUGUUUUUCAGGGUAUCCAUCAACCCAAUCGUUCCCGUUUGACCAAUGUGCGUACAACACGGCCUACGAUCCGACGGCCUAUUUCCCGUCGAGCAGCCUCGGCAGCUCGAUGUACUCGUUGCCGCCGGCGGACCCGUUCCAGCGGACCGAGACGUCGUUGAUCGGCGACUCCGCCGUCCUCGACGACGACAAGGACGAUCUCCUUGAUAAGAAUGGGUAUGUAGAUCUGAUGGAACAGAAAAAUUUAGAAAAUCUCAGUUACUUCUCUGAUGAAGAAGCACUUGAAAUAGGCUCUUUUUUUCUUUUUUGAGUUUUUUUUUCAUUAUCAUUUCUUCAAAAUAGUUACAGUUUUGAUCAAAAUUGGUCAUUGGAUAAAAAAAGUUAACACUGCUUCUAUCAGGAAUCUCACGAAAGUCUUAUCCACAUCACUUAAAUUUUACUCCUAUAGGGAGCAUUUUUUUGACCACUUAAGACUCUGUUUUCUCCCCCUAACCCCUAUAGAGAUCACUCUGAAGCUCCUAAGUAUGAACUGGAUUUUUAAAAAAAUUUUUUUUUUUUACUAGCGUGAUGUCGUGUUCAAAGAAAUUUCCUCGAAAUGCAAAAUAGUCUCUGACUCUCCAUAAUUCAGUUAUCUUUUUCUUUCUCUGACGGCUUUUUUGAAUUUUGCGGGAUCACUUUGAACACCGCAUAGAAGAUUCCUAUUAGACUUUUCAAAAGUUUUAUAAAAGAAAUAACUUUUUAAAGUUGCAUUUUUUUCAAUAAAGUACUUUUUUAUUCUAGUUCAAAAGCGGAAGAUGAAGACGAAGGGGCCGACGAAAUGGAAGAAGAUGGCGACGAGGAAGAUGAUGGCACGGGUUGGUUUGACUUGCACUUUUUACGGGCAAAUUCUGAUUUUUAAGAAAUAUAUUAGGGUGGCAGGAAAGAAAUGCGUGUUUUUGAUGUAAUUUAAUUUUAUCAUAAAAACAAGGUUAUCACAAAUCAGUUCGAAAUGUAUUUUCUAACUGUAUUAGCACCUUGUCAACAAUGCUCACGCAGUGAAUGGAUACUCUCUCUGACAUUGAAAGGUGCCAAGCUUCGGAAUUUGAUUUGUGCUUUUUGAAAUAACGCGAAAACUAGGUCCGCGAGUACAGUUUUUGAAAGGAAGUUUUAGGAGCUAUUUUUCUUAUAGAAAGGCGGAAUGAACGUCAGCAAACUAUAUAUCCAAUGACGCACAAGGACAAGCCCUUUUCGACAAAAAAUACCGUUCCAAAUAAUAUUGCUUCUUAGAUGAAUUAGAAGUCUACAAAAACAACCCUAAUUUCUUUCAUGCCAACCUAAUAUUGAUAAUUCCUGAUAGCUCAAGAUAAGAUAGCACUUUCCCAACCAUUUUUACAUUAUUUGUCAAGAAGAGCUGCCGACUGGGCGCCCCGGGGUGACCCGCGAUUUGAAGGAGGUGCCCCGGGACGACCCGAAAAAGUUUGAAACCAGAAUAAAUUGAGAAAAAAGUGAAAAAACAAACUAUAAAUGACACUUUUAUCAAUGUGAUUAUAUCCGGACCGCCCCAGGGCGCGAUUCGGUCGUCUUGGGCCGACCCGUUCGGUCAGCAGCUUUGCUGACAAUUAAGACCAUCUUCACAGAUUCGACAAGCUCUUGGGAGAAUAAUAUAACUUUCCAGGAAAGAGAAAGAAGCGAAAACGGAGAGUUCUCUUCACCAAAGCACAAACCUACGAGUUGGAGAGAAGAUUCCGGAUUCAAAGAUAUCUAAGUGCGCCGGAACGAGAACAACUCGCCAUGCAGAUCGGUCUCACGCCGACUCAAGUCAAAAUUUGGUUCCAAAAUCAUCGGUCAGUUCUUUAGAGGGACUUGAAGACACUUCAUUUUCUCAUUCUAAUGAGGAGGGAUUCAAGCGGGUUCACCCAUGUUAAACCCGUAUACGCCCAGCUGGUAGAAUUUUUGAAAACUCUUUCAUACCGCUGAGGACCGCUUUAGCAAUGCUGAGUCCGGGUUUUCGAAAAAAACACAGCUGGGUCACCUAUUUCUUACAGCGCCCGUUUUUCUCCCGUUUUAGCACAACCGAGACUCAAAUCGCCCAAAAAACGGGUUCAAUAUGGGUACAUCCGCUGAAACAUCCGGUCAACAUGAGAUAAUGGUUUUUGCAAAUUCAAACUAUCAACAUUUCUAGACGAUUCUUAAAAGUAUAGAUCGAAACCGGAAUUCAAAUUUUUCUCAAAUUUUCAACUGAUGGACACAAUACAGUCGCAUUUGGAAAGGCUGAACGCGGCGCGCCUGAUUUGAAAAAACUUGCGUUUCGUACCGAAAAGCGAAAUUUGUCGGAAAAAUAAAUUUUUUGAAAAUAAGUCCGGCUAUAGACUUUAAUCUAACCGCAACGUGACCACGACGCUUCGAGCCAUUCCAAGUGCGACACGGUGUUCCAAAUCGGAGCGAAUUAUUCGUAAACUGAAAUUGUUCACAAGCAAGAUCAGAACUUAAUUUACUAAAAAGAGCGAAAAAAGGCAGAUAAACCCGCAAUAAAUAAAGAAUUAUUUAAUAAACAUAAGAAUCCGAUUAUUGCAACAUUUCUUUUUUUUAAAGAAUCGUAUUUGAAAAUUGUUAAAAACAGUAAUGUUGGUGAGUCAAAUCAUUUUUUAUGAUUCCAAAAUCUUUCGAUCGAAAAUUAUUCAACUUUAAAGUUAAGGUUUAAAAUAAAGAAUAUGUCAAAAGGUUCAGAGAGAUUUUCAAUUGAUAGCACUUUCAGAAAUUAAAAAGGAGCUCUCACAUGUCCGUUAUUAUUCUUAUUAUAACGAAACUCAUAAAAUUUUUCACUUCCACCGUUUGUAAGACAAAAAAUCAGAAGACUUGUGGGAAGUUUCCGCCAGAAUACUUCACAAAUUCAUGAUUAUGCAAUAAUAUGUAAACGAUUCCGGCUUAAACUUCCAAAUAUGAUUCCUUGAGAAAAGAGAAAAAACUUUCGACUUUCAAAAAAAACUUGAAAAAUUCAUUCAUCAUUUCUAGGUACAAAACAAAGAAGAGUAACCAGGAGAAGGUCCCUUUGAACAACUCGAUUCUAGUCCCCAACGCCUUUUCCACGACUUCCGCAUCCACGGCCUUCUCAGCGAGACCGUUCGUUUUUUUCUUUUUCUUUUUAAUAUUUUUCCUAAUUUUUCGAAAAAUUUGACCUAGGAGGGUAGUCCAUCCAGUGUGUAGUCGAGAAAUUCCUGAAAAUUCAUUCAAACCUGAAAGUCUAGGAAAAGAUCCCUCAUAGUCUUGACUUUUAUUUUCAAAGUUAAGGGGUUUUAAAGAUGUAAAAUAUAGUUUACAGGCCUAAUUCUUUGUAAAAUGUGAACUUGAGAAAUUUUAUAACUGAACAAUUAUAACUGUUCAAACCCUAAUAAUCAGAGAAAGCUUCUAAAUAAUGAAAAACUGGCCGAAAAUUGGGAACAUGACGGAAAAUUAACCGAUGCUCCGGACUUUUCAGAACAUGUCUAGUGACCACUUUAGUAGCGUCAGACUCUUAAGGGAUCUCUUGAAUCUUAAAAAUUAGAGUUUUCGUGGUGGGUGCCACGCAUUGAAAUUUUACCAAACGACAUUCCGCUGUACGGCUGCGUGCGGUCGCGACGCGUGUCUGCCUUAAUCCCGGUCGAGCUUUCAAGUGAUUUUUAUUUCUCGUAAAUGGACUGUUCCAUUGGAAACACCUACAAACUUAGUACUGUAAUAAAAGAAAAAAUUGAAAGGGCGACCGAUAUUCGCAAAGGCAAAGACGCUACGCGACCGCACGCAGCGGAACAGCGAAAUGUCGUUCGGGGAAAUUUCAAAUCGUGGCACACAGGAACCGCCAAACCUUUCCAAACCAAAUGACCACCCCUGUUAAAAGUGCACUUUCCAGAUUCCGCAUGCCGAUCCAGAUGUUGGUUCGGGACGGGAAGGCGUGUCCGGCAGAUCUGACGUCAUCGUCCUACCAAGCGGCGGCGGCUGCGGUUGCCUUCGGCGGCUCCGGCGGCAGUUAUCUUCCCGCCUCUGCCGGUUAUCUGCAACCGACCACUGGCUACUUGCCCAACGCCCCGCCCACCACCUCCUAUAUGCCCAAUUCUUGGUGGUAG